GUUGUUUGAAGGCUUCCUCGCGCUCCUUUGCGUUGUGUAGCGGUGAAAGCUGCACUACUAAUCCCAUGCAACAUUUGAAAAACAUGUGCCGUUUAAAUACCGAGUUUCCUUUUCAAAACAUUUGUUUGUCUCAGCAGAUUGUCGGCUUUUGUCUGCUUUGUGUUGAUUGGAUCUUCUGUUUCUGAAUGGCUUUGCUUCUGCGUGCUGCUGAAAGAUGUAGAUGAUGUUCAUUGUAAUGUAUUCUGUGUUUGUCUGUCUUUACAGGUGAUGACGGUUUAAACGAGGCACAAGCAUCAUGGAUGAGGACAGUAAACCGUUACUAGGGUCAGUGCGAGCUGGGGAGUAUUACACCGAUUCAUUGGACCCCAAGCAAAGAAGGCCGUUCCAUGUGGAGCCCAGAAACAUAGUGGGAGAUGAUGCUCAGGAGCGUGUGUCCGCUGAAGCUGCGGUGCUGAGCAGCAGAGUUCAUUACUAUGGCCGUCUGACAGCCUCUUCAGACCGACUGCUGGUACCUCCAGAUCAUGUGAUUCCUUCUCCUGAGGAAAUCUAUAUCUACAGUCCACUGGGAACAGCGUUCAAAGUGCAUGGGGGCGACAGUACUGUCAAAAACCCCAGCAUUGUCACAAUCUUCGCCAUAUGGAACACCAUGAUGGGAACAUCUAUAUUAAGUAUGCCAUGGGGCAUAAAACAAGCUGGUUUCACUCUGGGCAUCAUCAUUAUUGUUCUUAUGGGCCUGCUGACGCUCUACUGCUGCUACAGAGUAUUAAAGUCCACAAAGUCCAUACCGUAUGUAGACGCCUCAGACUGGGAGUUUCCUGAUGUGUGUAAAUAUUACUUUGGGGGAUUCGGAAAAUGGUCGAGUCUUGUUUUCUCACUGGUGUCACUGAUUGGUGCGAUGGUGGUCUACUGGGUCCUCAUGUCCAACUUCCUGUUCAAUACAGGAAAAUUCAUUUACAACUAUGUUCACAAUGUCAACACAACAGAUGGUUUUGGCACAAAUGGAACAGACAGAGUGAUAUGUCCAUAUCCAAAUUUGGAUCCAGACGGGAACCGUACUCUGCAAUACUAUGCGAGUGAGAACAGCACAGGAGAGGUGUUUGAUCGCUGGUGGAGUAAAACCAACACCAUCCCGUUUUACCUCAUCGUUCUGCUGCUGCCGCUGCUCAAUUUCCGCUCCGCUUCCUUCUUCGCCAGGUUCACCUUCCUCGGCACCUUGUCAGUGGUUUAUCUCAUCUUUUUGGUCACGUAUAAAGCAAUUCGACUGGGCUUUCACCUGGAGUUCCACUGGAUUGAUUCAUCAAUGUUUUUUGUUCCAGAGUUCAGAUCGCUGUUUCCUCAGCUGAGUGGGGUUCUCACGCUAGCAUUUUUCAUUCACAACUGCAUCAUCACGCUUAUGAAGAACAACAGACAUCAGGAAAACAACGUGCGGGAUCUGUCGUUGGCGUACCUGCUGGUGGGGUUAACGUACCUCUAUGUGGGCGUGCUGAUCUUUGCUGCUUUCCCAUCACCACCGCUGUCUAAAGACUGCAUCGAACCAAACUUCCUGGAUAACUUUCCCAGCAGCGAUGUCCUGGUGUUUGUCGCGAGGACUUGUCUUCUGUUCCAGAUGACCACGGUGUAUCCUCUGCUGGGGUACCUGGUGCGCGUGCAGCUGAUGGGGCAGAUCUUCGGGGACCAUUAUCCAGGUUUCCUUCAUGUGUUUAUUCUGAACAUCUUUGUUGUGGGAGCUGGAGUCCUAAUGGCCAGGUUUUACCCCAACAUCGGCUCCAUCAUCAGGUAUUCGGGGGCCAUAUGUGGCUUGGCUCUGGUGUUUGUGCUUCCCUCUCUGAUCCACAUGAUCUCACUGAAGCGCAGAGGUGAGUUACGCUGGCCCUCCAUCAUCUUCCACAGCUUCCUCAUCCUGCUCGGGGUGGCCAAUCUGUUCGGCCAGUUCUUCAUGUAGCACGCU